AAUACCUGCACUAUUUUACCAGAAACUGGAGCUUUUGUGACACAUUCUCAGAUUCUCCUUACGACUUUACUCAAUUCAAGCUUUCUCGUCACGCAGUCUUUCAAGGUGUUGAAUCAUUUCGUAUUUAUUCACAUCAGCCCGGGAAUUUCUCAUAAUUACGAAAACUCCGAUCGGUUUUGCACUUCGUUUUCAUUUUCGCCCCUCUAAUUCUCUGAUUUCGGAGUAUAUGUUACUAUCACAAUGGUUGAGAGGAAGCUAUUCAAGACAAAGCUGUGCGUUUUGUACCAGAAAGGUCGCUGUUCGCGCCACAGUUGCUCGUUUGCGCACGGCGACUCGGAGCUCCGGGGAUUCUCCGGAUCCUAUAGUGGUGGUAGGCGGGACUAUCAAGGUAGUGACUUGAGGGCUAAGCUUGAGAGAAGGCGUUCUCCACCACGAAGGUAUUCACCAGUGAGAGAUGCAAGAGGCCGACAUACACUUCGUGAUUAUAGCUCUUCAAGGUCUCUUGAGAGGAAACGAAAACAUAGGAAAAAACAGCACUUUGAUGGCGAAGGUGACUUUUCUGGAAGUUUGGGAACCUCAGAGGGAACUGAAGAUGGAGUUAAAGAAGGAAAAAUUGCAUCCACUGAUUCCAGGGAUGUUCUUGAGGAGCAGUUAAAGAAAGUGCAGUCCGAUACUAAAAUUCUUGAUCGUCACAGAUUUCAACUAAGGGUUGACCUGGAAGAGAGGGCCCAAGAAGCGGAUAUUCUUACUUCUAGAAUUCAGGAGCUGGAGGCUCAAUUACACGAAGAGAAAGAGGAAUGUAAAAGGAUCACCUCAAAAAUCAAGAAGUUUGCGAAGGCACAUAAUCGUUAUUCACAGCUUCAAGAUGAACUGAAAAGAUCACAAGCCCGAAUUCAGAAGUUGGGAGAUCAGCUUGGUUCAGAUACUACUAAAAAUGGUGCCAAUGAAGAGGAUUCCAUAAAUAUUCUAAGCGACGGAGAACCUGUUGGUUUUACUAUAAUCAAUCCACAUAAUGAGCUGCAGAACGAUGCUUCUCCCAACAAGAAAAGGCUGGGUGUUAAUAUGGAUCCUUUUGAAGGAAAAAAUCGAGCUGAUUCAACGAAAGGAAGACUUCUGGACAAAAGAAUCAGAUUCAAGAAACUAUCUCGGUGGAAUGUGCAACCUACUCAAUCAAAUGAAGGCAAUGAAAUUGAGUCAAUGAACAAGGUGAUGAACGAUGGAAUUGACAGUUCUAGGCCUUUAGCACGAGGAAAGACUUUAUCUCGUAGCAUCCACACUGCAGAUAAGAUGAAGAGUUUGGAGUCGGCACCUGUAGUAGUACCAUCAACCAGCAUGGCUGCUCAUGCGGUAGACGAAGAGGUUGAAAUUGAAUUAGAGGACAAAACUGUGUUUGAAACUGCUGCUACAGGAAUUGAGAAAGAACCCUCAUAUGAGAUAAUGGGUGUGCCAUUUCCACUUCCCCCGCCACCUCCAAUCCGUCAAAAUAAUUAUUCCAUGUAUGAGGGUGAUAAUGAGAAUGUUGAUGUGGAAGGGCUCGAGGAAGAGAUGGUUCAUGUGGACGUUGUUUAACUUCUAAUAGAGGCGGUAAGAGUUUCAAUUUUUACUACCUCAGUUAGUGGACGCAAAUAUUGGUGAGCAUCAUGUAUAGAGUUAGAGUUGGAUCCUAUGGAUGUAAGCAUUUAUUUAUCGGAUUUUAUCAGCUUGUGGCUUUGUGCUUUCAAAAUUUAUUUUGUCAUUAUGAUUGAAGGCUAGGGUUACCAUGGUAGCAGAAUCCUUGGGUGCUUAGGCAAGCAUGAGCAAAUGCCAUUCCACACAAUUGUUUCUAACUUAGAGCGGGAGGAAUUGGUCUCUGAAUGCGUGUGCGUUCUGGCAACCAACUCCCCCGUGGAUAUGGUAUGGUGAAAUUUUUGUGGUUAACUUGGUACUACAAAAUGCAAAUUCAUCUCAUA